CAAAUUUUUUUUGAAGUUGAAGCGUGGAAAUUUUUCGAAGCUAAAACGGAAACCAGAAACAAGAAGAAUAAAAUCCCGAUUUGUUUGCUGAUUACGACAUCAAUUUGUUGGAACUCUCUUUCUUUCUCGUCUGCGGGAUGAGAUUUGUAGGUUGCAGAAUGAUUCUGCCUCUUCAAAUCCGUUGAACCGUUCAAUUCAAGUUUGCUUGCUCUAUGGGACCCGAGAGACAGUGAGUGUAGACUGUGGGUUGCGGAGCUCCGUUUUGGUGUAUGGUAAUGGCGUCGUCUCUGGACGGACAGCUCGUACCCGAGGCUUCAAUUGGAGUCGGAGCCGCCGUUGACUCGAGAGGAAAGCAUCGCGUUCUUGCGGAACUCAAGCGUCUCGAACAAGAACAAAGAUUCUUGCAGGAAGAGUUGGAAGAGGUUGAGAAAAUGGGAAACAUCUCAACCAUAUGUAAGGAAUUGCUACCCUGCAUUGAAGCCAAAUCAGACCCACUUUUGCCAGUGCUGCAUGGCGUUGUAAAUCCACUCUGGGAUCGUUGGUUCGAAGGAGCCCCAAGUUCACCAGACUGCAGGACAGAGAUUGUGGAUUGGAACAGACUUGUUUGUUGGUCCAUCUCUCUUCCUCCUCUCUGACCAGUUACCACAACCCCAACCUCUUUCUUCGGCAACCUCAGAUCUCAAACCAGCGGCACUGGCGAGACCCAUCCGAUGAAACGUGCGAUAGUACGCAGCCCCUACGAGUUCGACAAGCCACAGAUGGUGGCGGCUCAAGAAAUUCGACUUCAGCAGCGGCAAACCCACGGCGGUGCAACACCCAUGAACCUGAACCUGAACAUCCACGAACAACCACGAACCCGACCAGAUCUGUGACGACCUCCACGACUAGAUUUGUAGCGCAACACCCACGGACCCGAACAACCAAAUAUGCACGCCCCCUGCAACACUCUUUCGGCAACAGUCGCGGCGGCGCGACAAGCAGACACGCGGCGGCGAUUCCCUUUCGGUUGCACUCCUCUUCGACGACGAUGCGAACCCCCACCGCACCAGAUCUGUGGUUCUCCUCCAGCAAGCUGAACCCCGAUAGCAAUGGCCAGUAGCCCAGAUCUGCGGUCAUCCUAGGAUUUUUUUUUUCAAAGAGAAAGUAUAUGGAGUGUAUAUUGGGUAUAUAUUUCUUUUAAUUAAAUCAUAUAUAUAUGCAGCAUGUAUUUUGGAUAUAUUGUGGAAUAUGAAUCGGGUAUACGUAACACA